GGUGGGAGGAACCUGGAAGGGUUAAAGGCAGCAGAAGGCAGAUUAAAUGUUGAGUUAUUGCUCUUCUGCGUUCCUGAUCUCUAGUUUUCACACGACUUUGGUCUCAAACAGGCGUUUACUGACUACUGAAGGUUGGGUUGGAGCUUCAGCUGAACUCAGAUGAUUAUUAGUUUACUCUAGGAGCUCAGACCCGAGAAAGGAGGUAACAAGUUAAGAGAUGAUGAAUUCAACACAGGUUUCAUAUUUUAUUCUGAGCGAUUACAUCGACGCCAAGCUGUUGAAAUACUUCAUCUUUGUGUUGCUUUUCUUUGUGUACGUUCUGAUCGUUGGUUGUAACGUUCUGCUCAUCGUGGUCAUCUGUGUGAACAGGACUCUACAUGAACCCAUGUACAUGUUUCUGUGCAGCCUGUUUGUGAAUGAGCUGUAUGGAAGUACAGGCUUGUUUCCCUUCCUGCUGAUUCAGCUUCUCUCUGAUGUUCACACCAUUUCUGCUCCUCUCUGUUUCCUGCAGAUCUUCUGUGUUUGUACUUACGGAGCUGUGGAGUUCAGUAACUUAACCAUCAUGUCUUAUGACCGCUACAUGGCCAUCUGUUAUCCUUUGCAUUAUUACACACAGAUAACGAAGACGAAAGCUGGAGUCUGUAUAGCAGCAGCCUGGGUAACGUCAUUCCUUUUGGUUGUUACGACCACAUCCAUGAGUUUCUCCUUGCAGCUGUGUGGAAACAUCAUGAACAGAGUUUACUGCAACAACUACUCUGUGGUGAAACUAGCCUGUUCUGACACUACAGUUAAUAAUAUUUAUGGACUAAUUAUUUCUGCCUUGGGUCUCUUUGUCCCGGUGGUUCUGAUCAUCUACACCUACAUGAGGAUCCUUAAAGUGUGUUUUUCUGGAUCCAAACAGACCCGACAGAAAGCCGUCAGCACCUGCACGCCUCACCUGGCUUCCCUGCUCAACUACACCUUUGGUUUUUGUUUUGAUGUGAUUCAGAGCAGGUUUGACAUGUCAGGAGUUCCUAACGUUGUAAGAAUAUUUUUAUCUUUGUACUUUCUAACAUGUCAGCCUCUUUUGAACCCUCUGAUGUACGGCCUGCACCUGUCUAAAAUACGCAGCCUGUGGAAAAAGUUGUUUUGUACCAAGUGGAGGUAACAGCAUCAGCUUUGAUCUGACUGACUGAUGAUGCUUUUGACAUGUUCACACAGCACUGAUGUUAUUUUGUAUCUGAUAAGUUAUUAAAAUAAUAAUAAAACCACCUUUAAACUGCUGAAAGUUUAAACCUCUUUCUUUAGCAUUCUUCUUAAAGCUACAAUGUUCAAAACAAGUUAGUGUAGCGUCAUGAAUGUCCUGUUUUUGACCUAAAGGUCAUGAUCUGCUGCGUCUGCUCGAGCAGAGACAUAAAGUCUCUGACAGCCUAAUCUACAUGAGAUAGUGGCCAAGGUCUCUCACGCACUCUGCUCAUCUGAACUGCUUCACCUCUGUUACAGCGAAGAUGAAGACGAAGAACUAUUUUGAUAAACACAUAAUCAACAACUUUGUUAUUACCCAAUCAAUCGAUCAAUCAAUCAAUCAAUCAAUCAAUCAAUCAAUCAAUCAAUCAAUCAAUCAAUCAAUCAAUCAAUCAAUCGAACCUUUAUUAAUCCCAGAGGGAAAUUAGAGUUUCAGUACACACAUUUCAUAGAUCAGGCAUACAUGGGCAAGACACAUGACAAGAAUUGGUGACUGUGGUCAUUCGCAACCCUGAGUCGCGCUACCUUAAUAGAGAUAAGAGGGUUACAUGAGGAUUGGUUCAGGUGGAGGGAAAAAAAGGCACUUCAGAGUUA